AUGGCGCUAGCAGGGAGACGAGCAAUGCCCCAGAUCUCUGGGAUAGCUAACAGGUUGUCCGGGAUGGGCCACUGCCAGAAGAAGAAGACGAUCGUGGAUCCGCUUCCACUGCCACCGAUCUCGCAGGAGGAUCACCACCAAGGUUUGAUGCCGGAGAUUUGCAAGGCGAUGGAGGAGGAGCCGCGGAAGCAGCGAGAGCUCAAUUUGGUGUUGCUGGGGAGGCCGGGAGCCGGCAAGGGGACGUUUGGGAUCAAGCUCGCGGCGCUGCUCGACGUUCCUCACAUCUCCACUGGCGAUUUGAUCCGGGAGGAGAUGAAGAAGGUGAGCUCCAUGUCGCGGCGCAUCGCCGAGGUUGUGAGCAAGGGGAAGCUCCUGGGCGACGAGGAGGUGUUCGAAUUGCUCCACUCGCGGCUCCAGGCGGGGGCUGCCAGGGGCGACAAGGGAUUCAUCCUGGAUGGAUUCCCCAGGACGGUGAACCAGGCGAUCGUGCUAGACAAGAUAGCGGACGUUCACGUAGCUGUGAACUUCGCCCAGGAGCGCGAGGUGUUGAUCCAGAAGUGCCUGGGCCGGAGGGUGUGUGGGGAGUGUGGGCGAGUGUUCAGCAUGGCCGAUGUUUCAGUGGGCGAUCUGAGGAUGCCAGCGAUUCCUCCGCCGAUCCAGUGCCUGGACAAGAUGGUGACGAGGAAGGACGAUUCCGAGCAGAGCAUCCAGAAGAGGCUCCAGGUUUACGACGAGGAGAGCAAACCAGUGGAGGAUUUCUACCGCAAGCAGGGGAAGCUGGUCAAUUUUGAUGUUCGCGGGGGCGUGAGCGAGAGCUGGCCCAAGCUGCUCCAGGCCUUGAAUCUGGUGGAAGAACAGCAGAGAUCUAGCGCAAGAACACCGCCACCAGCAAUUCCAACGGUUUGGUGUUGA